UUUUUUCCUCAGCUCACUACCCUGGGAAAUCUUACACCUUCAAGCACUGUGUUUUUCUGCUGUGAUAUGCAAGAAAGGUUCAGACCAGCCAUCAAAUAUUUUGGGGAUAUUAUUAGUGUGGGACAAAGAUUGUUACAAGGGGCCCGGAUUUUAGGAAUUCCAGUUAUUGUAACAGAACAGUACCCUAAAGGCCUUGGAAGCACUGUUCAAGAAAUCGAUUUAACAGGUGUAAAACUGGUACUCCCAAAGACCAAGUUUUCAAUGGUGUUACCAGAAGUAGAAGCAGCAUUAGCAGAGAUUCCUGGAGUCAGGAGCGUUGUGUUAUUUGGAGUAGAAACUCACGUGUGCAUCCAGCAAACAGCUCUGGAGCUAGUUGGCCGAGGCGUUGAGGUUCACAUCGUUGCUGAUGCCACCUCGUCGAGAAGCAUGAUGGACAGAAUGUUUGCUCUCGAGCGUCUUGCCCGAACUGGGAUCAUAGUGACUACCAGCGAGGCUGUUCUGCUACAGCUGGUGGCUGAUAAAGACCAUCCGAAAUUCAAGGAAGUUCAGAAUCUGAUUAAGGCUAGUGCUCCAGAGUCGGGUCUGCUUUCCAAAGUCUAGGACAUCUGAAGGACUGGUGGGCCGCUCACCAUCAGGCGACAGGACUGUAACCAGACAAGCCCUUGUCUCUACUAGAAUUAAAAUGUUAAGUCAAAAAUUGGCUCUUUUUUUGCGCCUCUUAGUAAAACUUAGUAAAAAUGGUCUAACAUCUGGGUACCAGCAUUUAGUUACAAAUGUCAAAGGCUUCAGGUGCUGCUUACCUUCUUUUUUUCUUAAUGUGCUCUUAUUUAUUUAAAAAAACUAUAGUAGAGGUGCCUGUUUUGUCUAUACUGUAUGCAUUGAUCAUAACUUUCAAAAGUGCACACAUGUGAAGUUUUCUUAAAUUCUGCACUGUAAAGAAAAAGAUGUAUUGACAAUAGUUUGACUUUUGUAUUAUUGUAACACAUAUGUUAAAACGUUAAUGUGGAUUCAGUGCUUUUAUUUUAUAGGUUGAUCGAAAUAGGGUUAUUACAUAAGAUUUAAAAACAGGACUCUGAUUCACAUUACCCCCUUCCCUCAUAAUACAGUCAGCUUAUUUAGUGAGUGAGUUGCAUUCAUCUAACCAGACGGAAUUAGGUUGGAUAAUUAUAUAUCUUUCUUGAUUAUGCUAAUUUUGUUAACCUGAUCACCAUCUCUAAUUCUCUGUUAAUGUUCUCUUUUUUAGUUGAAUCUUUUCCUAGAGAGACUCGUUGGGUCAUUGUUUAAAAUUUGUAAACAGAUGGGAUGAUUUGCAAUCUAAUGUAAUUACUGGGGGGCUGUUUUAAAAUCUUUGAAGUAUCACUUCAGCUGAGUAUCUUUACAAAAAUAUGGAGUAUAUCUUCUAAUAUGCGUAAGAUUUAGCAAAAAGUUAAAGGCUGGAUAAAAUGUAGUUUUAAAACAUUCAUAUUUUUGUUUGAUAUUUUCUCCACCUACCCUCCAAUUAUAAAGGCACCAGGAACUAUUUGGUAGUAUUAAUUUUGUAGUCAUUACUAUCCUUCAGUAAAUUUAUUUUCAUUAAAAACUUACUAGAGGGUUUUAAAACUUUUUUUAAAUAUUAUGUGAAAUAUGGAACAUUGCUGUCUUUUAUAUUAAAGUAACUAAAGAAAA